AUGAUGGCGAAUCCGACUCCCGGUAGCCCGCAACUCCUUUCAGUGGAUCGAAUGCCUCCCAGUCAUCCAUCGACGAUUUUCGAGGAAACAAACUCUGAGAAUCAAGCGAUCGACAAUGGAAAUGGAAAAGAGAACGGUAUCAAAAGAGAAGUAUCGAUUGAUGAGACUCGAAAUGGAGGCGACGAUUUGUCAAAACCCCGCCGAAAGCCGACAAAUGAAGAUCAAAAAGCAAUUGAUAAAUAUUAUGAUAACAAUCACUACACGAUUAGCGGGAGAUACGCGAAAAAUGAGGACACCCUCAAUCAUAUACCGAAGAAUUUUCAGAGAAUCGUUGAUGGGCACAGGUUGAGAAGAGCCGCAUCAAUGGCCGAGAAAUCGACUGUAUCGAGAAGAAGCACCAAGUCGACACUGCCAAUUCCUGGAGCAAAUGAAAAUCGUUUCCUCGAUUCAGUCUACUGGCUUGUGCACAGUCAUUCCCUUUUCGGAUUCCGCCAUUUGAUGAUGAUUCUCGCGCUUGCCUUGCUCACAAUGGCCGGUGGAGCGAUGUUUUAUACGAUUGAGAAAGAUGCCGAAAAAUUGGAUCUUGAUACAAAACUUGCCGUGAUGAGAGGGAAAUUGGAGACAAUCUCGGCGGAGAUGAUGGCACAGAGAAAUUCCGAGAACAACACGCUCAUUGAUGAGGAACUUGUUAGAGGAUAUUUAAGGCGAGCUUACAAAGAGCUACUUGUGGGCGAAAAUCGUUACACUCUCUCAGCUUAUCACAAAAAAGACGAUUUUGCGAAGAAUCGCUGGUGGAGUUGGUGGUGUGGAGUGUUCGCGACAACUGAUAUCUUCAUGACAGUGUCAUACGGUGUUGUUCCCUUCUACAGUAAUUUGGGUCGUGGAGUCUUGAUGGUGUAUGGUCUAAUCGCAAUCCCGUUGGCCGUUGUUGUGAUGAGAGAUCUCGGUCAAUGGCAACUCACAAUUUGCACAAAAAUCUACGCUUUUUUGUUGAUUCGAUGGAGAAAAGCAAAAGGAGUCGAGACACCGGAAGAUGAAGAGAUCGAGUUUCCCGUUUCACUCUCGUUCAUUCACAUGAUGUGCACUUGGUGCCUUGGAGCGGCAUUCAUUUAUUUCUAUGAUGGACUUUGGGGACCUGAUGGUAUCUCUUUCUGGGGAUCAUUCUAUCUCUCAUACCUUACCGCGACCACCAUUGGAAUGGGAGACAUGGUUCCCACGUAUGCCACGCGAGAUCCAACAUGGAAAUUCGUUCAUUUCUUCUUCCUCAUGCCUUCAAGAGUACUCAAUCGUUGCACAUAUGUGGCUAUUGAGGGCUCGAUUUUCUCUUUUGCCACUCGUUGCGAAGAGUGGCUCACCGGCGUCUAUCAGACGAAGAAAAUUGCUCCGAUUUCGAAGCGCUCAAGAACUCGCUCUCGUGGUACUGGAGAAACUGGAGAGCCGCAAAGCGAAGAAGCGAAGACUUUCUCUCAUCUGAUCGCCGAGCGACAAGACGUUUACAGGGGCGAUUUCGGGCGUGUCAAAGUCAACAAAUCGCAUUUGGAA